UCUUCAGUGUGUUGAAAUAGUUUAGGUUAAUUGGAAAUGAGCGGCAGAGGUAAAACCGGCGGUAAGGCGAGAGCGAAGGCUAAGACUCGCUCAUCCAGGGCGGGACUGCAGUUCCCCGUCGGUCGUGUGCACAGACUGCUCCGCAAAGGAAACUACGCUGAGCGCGUCGGCGCCGGUGCUCCUGUGUAUCUGGCCGCUGUGCUCGAGUAUCUCACCGCUGAGAUCCUGGAGUUGGCCGGAAACGCCGCUCGGGACAACAAGAAGACCCGUAUCAUUCCCCGUCACCUGCAGCUGGCAGUGCGGAACGACGAGGAGUUGAACAAACUCUUGGGUGGAGUGACCAUCGCUCAGGGUGGGGUGCUGCCCAACAUCCAGGCUGUGCUGCUGCCCAAGAAGACCGAGAAACCCGUGAAGACCAAGUAAACGGACUGAAGUCUGUCACUGAAACACAAAGGCUCUUUUAAGAGCCACACACUUGAACUAUGAGAGAGUUAAUUGUUCUGUUCCUCAGUUCAUUGGCUUAUUAAAUAUAAAGGGAACCAUUAAAAAUGGAUUGUGUGUGCAACAACUGCUGAUUAUAUCCUCUUUUAAAUGCCGUUUCUCUAAUAACCUGCAACAAAGUGUGGAUUGAAUUACUGAUGCUGUUGUUGGAUCCAUGUAGUAUAAAUAAAGUAACAUUGUGAAUUCAUGUGGUAGGGAUGGGCGAUACCGCUUAAUUUAUUUUCGAUCCGAUACCAAUAAUUUCAAGUCCAAUAUCGUUGAUACGUCUGCUAAAUUAUUUUUUGCCUAAACCGAAAAUUAGACCGUUAUUUAAACCACAGUUGCCACCCCAUUAACCAAGUUACUAGGACAAAAUUACUGUAGGAAAUCAAUCGGUUCAGCUUCAUCUUUAGAUAUGUUAUUUGAGCGUGAAUGUACUCAAGAGUCAGUGGUGUAGUCCUGUCUGAAGAGGUGGGCAUGCUGUGAAUUUAUGCAUGUCUGAAAUUAAUUACAUUCAUAUACAGUUCAUGUAAUUGAGCAAUAAUUGCAGUUUCUUGUUGGCCUGGUACACUGCUAAGAACAAUGGUGUGGUAACUUCAUGUUAAAUAUGUAUUUAAAUUAAUAGGUGUCUUUAUUGUUCCUCAUUUGUUAAUACUUGAUUAUUAUUCUAACUAAUAAACAAAUUCAUAAUAUGCAAAAUCCUGAAACCGAUAGGAGAGCUUACAAAAUGUAUGUAUAUAUAUAUAUAUGUG